UGGGACACCAUGGUGGGGACGGUGUGGAUCCCCCUCCGCACUAUCCGGCAGUCCAAUGAGGAGGGUCCUGGGGAAUGGCUCACGCUCGACUCCCAGGUCAUCAUGACUGACAACGAGAUUUCAGGCACCAAGGACCCCACUUUCCACCGUAUCCUCCUGGACACCCGCUUCGAGCUGCCGCUGGAUAUCCCCGAGGAGGAGGCCAGGUACUGGGCCAAGAAGCUGGAGCAGCUCAAUGCCAUGAGGGACCAGGACGAUUUUGCCUUCCAGGAGGAGCAGGAGAAGCCUCUGCCUGUGCCCAGCUCCCAGUGCUGCAACUGGAAUUAUUUUGGCUGGGGAGAACAGCAGAAUGAUGACCCGGACAGCACAGUGGAUGACAGGGACAGUGAUUACCGCAGCGAGACCAGCAACAGCAUCCCCCCCCCCUACUACACCACCUCCCAGCCCAACGCCUCCGUCCACCAGUACCCCAUGAGACACCAGCAGCAGAGCUCCCGUGACUCCUACACUGACUCCAUGCAGAGCUAUGAGAUGGACUACUCGGACCAGCGUCCCAUCAGCCCCACAGGGAGCAGCCGCUACGCCUCGUCGGCCGAGCUGAGCCAGGGCAGCUCCCAGCUGAGCGAGGACUUCGAGAACGAAAGCCUGAGGGACUCGGAGCUGGACGAGCGGGACGGGGACUCCUACCACUCCUGCCACAGCUCCGUCAGCUACCGCAAGGACUCGCCCCGCUGGGAGGAGGAGGACGAUGACCUUUAUCUGGAGGAGGAGGAAGAGGAGGAGGAAGAGUUCAAUGAGGACUACAGUGAGAACGAGGAAGGCUACCCCAAGGAGGAGGAGCAGGAGGAGGACCUGCAGGAGCAGGGCACAUAUGAAGCCCCCGAGCAUGAUGCCUUCCCCCCGCUGCAGAAACCCCCUGGGCAGCAGCAGCAGCAGCAGGAAACCCCAGAGGCCAUCCCGGCCCAGCAGGGAGCAGAUGAAGCCCCCCAGGCAGAGGUGGCCCUUGAGCCCAAGCCCCCAGAAGCAGCUGAGAGGGAGCAGGCGGAGGUGGAGGUGCAGGACCCUAAAGCACGAGCCAAAGCCAACUGGCUGAGAGCCUUCAACAAGGUCUGCAUGCAGCUGCAGGAGGCCCGUGGGGAAGGUGAUGGAGAAGCCAAAUCCCUGUGGUUCAAAGGCGGGCCGGGUGGCGGGCUGAUCAUUAUAGACAGCAUGCCGGACAUACGCAAGCGAAAACCCAUCCCCUUAGUUAGCGAUUUGGCAAUGUCACUGGUCCAGUCCAGGAAAGCAGGAAUCACGUCCGCAUUGGCCUCGAGCACCUUGAACAAUGAGGAGCUGAAAAACCAUGUUUACAAGAAGACCCUGCAAGCCUUAGUGUACCCCAUCUCCUGCACAACGCCUCACAACUUCGAGGUGUGGACAGCCACCACCCCCACCUACUGCUACGAGUGCGAGGGGCUGCUCUGGGGCAUCGCCCGGCAGGGCAUGCGCUGCGCCGAGUGUGGCGUGAAGUGCCACGAGAAGUGCCAGGACCUGCUCAACGCCGACUGCCUGCAGCGAGCGGCAGAGAAAAGCUCCAAGCACGGAGCAGAGGACCGGACCCAGAAUAUCAUCAUGGUGCUCAAGGAUCGCAUGAAGAUCCGGGAGCGCAACAAGCCAGAGAUAUUUGAGCUGAUCCAGGAGGUGUUUGGGGUCACCAAGACCACGCACACGCAGCAGAUGAAGGCAGUGAAGCAGAGUGUCCUGGAUGGCACCUCCAAAUGGUCGGCCAAGAUCAGCAUCACGGUCGUUUGUGCCCAGGGCCUGCAAGCAAAGGAUAAGACGGGUUCCAGUGACCCUUAUGUCACUGUCCAAGUUGGAAAGACCAAAAAAAGGACUAAAACAAUCUACGGCAACCUCAACCCGGUCUGGGAGGAGAAUUUCCAUUUCGAGUGCCAUAACUCCUCCGACCGCAUCAAGGUCCGUGUCUGGGAUGAAGACGACGACAUCAAGUCCCGCGUCAAGCAGCGCUUCAAGAGGGAGUCUGAUGACUUCCUGGGCCAGACCAUCAUCGAGGUCCGGACCCUGAGCGGGGAGAUGGACGUCUGGUACAACCUCGACAAGCGGACAGACAAGUCGGCUGUGUCAGGAGCCAUCCGGCUGCACAUCAGUGUGGAGAUCAAGGGUGAGGAGAAGGUGGCUCCCUACCAUGUGCAGUACACCUGCCUGCAUGAGAACCUGUUCCACUUUGUGACGGAUUUGCAAAACAACGGGGUGGUGAAGAUCCCUGACGCCAAGGGGGACGACGCGUGGAAGGUCUACUUUGAUGAGACAGCACAGGAGAUCGUGGAUGAGUUUGCCAUGCGCUAUGGGGUGGAGUCCAUCUACCAGGCCAUGACACAUUUUGCCUGCCUUUCCUCCAAAUACAUGUGCCCGGGGGUGCCAGCUGUGAUGAGCACCCUGUUGGCCAACAUCAACGCCUACUAUGCCCACACCACGGCCUCCACCAACGUCUCAGCCUCCGACCGCUUUGCCGCUUCCAAUUUCGGGAAGGAGCGGUUCGUCAAACUCCUCGACCAGCUGCACAACUCGCUGCGGAUCGACCUCUCCAUGUACCGGAACAACUUCCCUGCCAGCAGUCCCGAACGGCUGCAGGAUCUCAAGUCCACCGUGGAUUUGCUGACCAGCAUCACCUUCUUUCGCAUGAAGGUCCAGGAGCUGCAGAGCCCCCCACGAGCCAGCCAGGUGGUGAAGGACUGUGUGAAAGCCUGUCUCAACUCCACCUACGAGUACAUCUUCAACAACUGUCAUGAGCUGUACAGUCGCGAGUACCAGACAGACCCGACUAAGAAAGGUGAGGUGCCCCCGGAGGAGCAGGGCCCCAGCAUCAAAAACCUGGACUUCUGGUCCAAGCUUAUCACCCUGAUAGUCUCCAUUAUUGAGGAAGACAAGAACUCCUACACGCCCUGCCUGAACCAGUUCCCCCAGGAACUGAAUGUGGGGAAGAUCAGUGCAGAGGUGAUGUGGAACCUCUUUGCUCAGGACAUGAAGUACGCAAUGGAGGAGCACGACAAGCACCGACUGUGCAAGAGCGCGGACUACAUGAACCUGCACUUCAAGGUGAAGUGGCUCUACAACGAGUAUGUCACCGAGCUGCCCUCCUUCAAGAGCCGUGUGCCCGAGUACCCAGCUUGGUUCGAGCCUUUUGUCAUCCAGUGGCUGGAUGAGAAUGAGGAGGUGUCGCGGGACUUCCUGCACGGAGCGCUGGAGCGGGAUAAGAAGGAUGGGUUCCAACAGACAUCGGAGCACGCUCUCUUCUCUUGCUCCGUGGUGGAUGUCUUCUCCCAGCUCAACCAGAGCUUUGAGAUCAUCAAGAAGCUCGAGUGCCCUGACCCCCAGAUUGUUGGACACUACAUGCGAAGGUUUGCCAAGACCAUCAGCAACGUGCUACUCCAGUAUGCUGAGAUCAUCUCCAAGGAUUUUGCCUCGUACUGCUCCAAGGAGAAGGAGAAAGUGCCCUGCAUCCUGAUGAACAACAUCCAGCAACUCCGCGUCCAGCUUGAGAAGAUGUUUGAAGCCAUGGGUGGGAAGGAGCUGGACACAGAAGCCAGUGAUAUCCUUAAGGAACUGCAGGUGAAACUCAACAAUGUCCUGGAUGAGCUGAGCCGAGUCUUUGCCACCAGUUUUCAGCCACACAUCGAGGAGUGUGUGAAGCAGAUGGGUGACAUCCUGGGCCAGGUGAAGGGCACCGGGAACGUCCCCGCCAGCACCUGCAGCAGCGUCGCACAGGACGCUGACAACGUCCUGCAGCCCAUCAUGGACCUUUUAGACAGCAACCUGACGCUNUUCGCCAAGAUCUGCGAGAAGACGGUGCUGAAGCGGGUGCUGAAGGAGCUCUGGAAGCUGGUGAUGAACACAAUGGAGAAAACCAUUGUCCUGCCCCCACUCACUGACCAGACGAUGAUUGGCACGCUCUUGAGAAAACAUGGCAAGGGGACAGAGAAGAGCAGGGUGAAGCUGCCCAGUCACACUGAAGGCACGCAGAUGAUUUUCAAUGCAGCCAAGGAGCUGGGGCAGCUCUCCAAGCUGAAGGACCACAUGGUGAGGGAGGAAGCCAAGAGCCUGACCCCAAAGCAGUGUGCUGUGGUGGAGCUGGCGCUGGACACCAUCAAGCAAUACUUCCACGCUGGCGGGGUGGGGCUGAAGAAGACAUUCCUGGAGAAGAGCCCUGACCUGCAGUCGCUGCGCUAUGCCCUGUCCCUCUACACCCAGGCCACCGACCUCCUCAUCAAAACCUUUGUGCAGACCCAGGCUUCACAGGUUCAUGGUGGGAAAGGCAUUAGGUUUACCCUUAGUGAAGAAAUUUAUCCAGAGAAGGGCUCUGGUGUGGAUGACCCUGUUGGGGAGGUGUCCAUCCAUGUGGAGCUCCUCACCCACCCCAGCUCUGGCGAACACAAAGUCACUGUCAAAGUGGUUGCUGCAAACGACCUCAAGUGGCAGACCUCGGGCAUCUUCCGGCCCUUCAUCGAGGUCAACAUCAUUGGGCCCCACCUCAGUGACAAGAAGAGGAAAUUUGCCACCAAAUCCAAGAACAACAGUUGGGCCCCCAAGUACAAUGAGACCUUCCAGUUCUCCCUGGGGACAGAGACGGGCCCAGAGUGCUACGAGCUCCAGGUGUGUGUCAAGGAUUACUGCUUCGCGCGGGAGGACCGGACCGUGGGCAUCGCUGUCCUGCAGCUGCGGGACAUCGCGCAGCGCCCGGGCUGUGCCUGCUGGCUGGCCCCGGGCCGCCGCGGGCGCACGGGAGACCACGGGGGUUGGAUGGUCUUUGACAUCCCUUCCAACCACAACAACUUUGAGGACUUCUGUGCCCAUGUGAAAAGAGAGAGAAUAUCUAUUGGUUAG